UGCACUGUGGUGAAGUAACAGUGGUUCAUGCACCAUCAACAUUAAGGUUUGGAUCUGCAAGUACACUUCGAGUAUCAAAUCUUGAUGACAUUUUAACUUCGUCACUUGGAUACACUCCCAAAGAAUCUUCACCAUGGAAUGGGUUAACCAUCACAACUCCAUUCUCCCUGCCUACUGCUGCUGUUGUGAUAGUAGUUCAUGGUGGUGGACUAACUAUCAAUCAAGAAGGGUCAACAUAUCCCCUAAAAGAGGACAUGAGUAUGAAGGAAGCUUUCCAGAGUGUCAAGAGUAUUGUUGGAUCCAGAGCUCAAAGAGAAACAUUGUUUAAAUACAUCAGUGUGGAUGAUGACCUCGUGGAAGAUGGCCCUCACAGUUUCAUUCCAACUACAAAAGUGCUGAAUAUGUCAGUGGAGCCAGAUGCAACUUUGCUUCGUGAAUUAGGAACACUCAUGAAAACAUCCAUGACGAUUAACGAGAUUACAACCACAUCUCAUGGAGGUCAGGAUGUCAUCUUCAUGGAGCUAAAUGCUUUAGCACCUUUGGUCAAAGUGUAUGGCAUCAACUCAGCAAAGGUUAAGGAGGCAAUUGAUGUGGUAAGAAAUCAGCUGGUUAGAGUGACAGAUGUUAUGCGCCAUGCUUAUAAUGACCAAGUUCUGGUUGCAUCAACAGUAGUCGACCAGCUUCAAGAGCUUUCCCGUCCGUCUCGUUCUAUUCUUCAGUCACGAGCUGCUCCUCCCAUGGACUUGAAUUUGGCAUCUGAGUAUUCUUCUGACUACCCAGCUGUCUUCAACAUUGUCCUAUGGAUCUCCCUCAUUCUGAUUUUCUUCAUUGCAUUUACUUCAUUUGCUAUGGCAACCAUGGAUCCAGGUCAAGACUCUAUUAUCUACAGAAUGACAAAUCCACGCAUGAAGAAAGACAGUUAAAUGUACUUUUGUUCUGUCCUAGCACAAAACUAGUGAAGAUAUUAAUAUUAGUAUACCAGGUUGUAGAAGAUAGUAGGUGUUUAUUUAUAAAAUUUUUGGUUUUUAGUAAUUGAUCAGCUGUUAAUUAAGUACAGUACUUUUUCCAUUUAUA